AAACUUAAAUGUGAAUUGUAUUUGACAACUUAGGGAAAGUGAAGAAAGUGGUUUAUAUAUACUAAGCUAAUUUGUUCAUACCAAUACCAUUAUGCUUUUUCCCUCUUUAACGUCCCAUCUUCCUUCAAACGGUAACAUCUUCUUCUUCUUAUGCUUAUGCUUCUUCUGCUUCUUCUUCUCUUUCUCUAUUUUUCACAACCUUUAUGUUAUCUUCUUAGGUUUGACAAUGUCGUAAUUCAGCUCAAUUCUCCUAAACUUUUUUUUUUUUUUAAUCUUAUUCUUUGUUUGGUUGAUCGAUCGAGGGAAAGUGACCAGGGAGAGCAUUUGAAUUGAGCAUCUUCUCUGAAGCCAUUUUUUGGUUGCGUUUCGCGCGUUUUUUGAUGGCUUCUCGAGGAGGUUGAAGGACUCCGGUGAAAGAGUGGUGCAUUUAUCGUGUUGGUAAUACGUGCUAGAAUUGUUGCUGGUGGUUUUUUUUUUUUUUUCAAGGUUAGAGAAAUCGGAGAUAGAAAGAGAUAAAGGUUCCUCACUUAGAAAACCGGGGUGCUUAUUUUUGUGUCUGAGGGUUUGUGCUUGAGAAUGGGGAAAAGAGGGAAUGUGUUGAUGCAGAAGUAUGAAUUUGGGAAACUAUUAGGGCAAGGAAACUUUGCAAAGGUUUACCAUGCAAGGGACCUCAAGACUGGGGAGAGUGUUGCCGUUAAGGUGAUUGAAAAGGAGAAAAUUUUAAAAAUUGGGUUGGUGGAUCAAACAAAGCGAGAGAUAUCUAUCAUGAGACGGAUUAAACACCCCAAUGUUUUGCAACUGUUUGAGGUCUUGGCCACCAAGACCAAGAUUUACUUCAUCAUGGAAUAUGCCAAAGGGGGCGAACUUUUUAACAAGGUGGCUAAAGGUAGAUUAAGUGAGGCUAGGGCGAGGAAGUACUUUCAACAAUUGGUCAGUGCAGUUGAUUUUUGCCAUAGCAAGGGCGUUUAUCACAGGGAUUUGAAGCCAGAGAACUUGCUUUUGGAUGAGAAUGGUGUUUUGAAGGUAGCAGAUUUUGGGUUGAGUGCAUUUGUUGAAUCGCAUCGACAAGACGAUAUGUUGCAUACAGUUUGUGGAACUCCUGCAUAUGUGGCGCCUGAGGUUGUUAGUAGAAAGGGCUAUAAUGGAGCAAAAUCUGAUGUAUGGUCUUGUGGAGUGAUCUUAUUUGUUCUUUUGGCUGGUCAUUUGCCAUUCUAUGAUUUAAAUCUCAUGUCACUGUAUAGGAAAAUAGGCAGGGCGGAAUACAAAUGUCCAAACUGGUUUUCAAUUGAAGUGCGCAGAUUGUUAGGGAAAAUCCUUGACCCCAACCCAGAUACCAGGAUAUCCAUGGCAAAAGUUAUGGAAAAUUCGUGGUUCAGAAAAGGAUUCAAACCCAAUUCCGGUGAAGUGAAAAGAGAGUCUGCAAAUGUGGAUUUAGUUAAUUCUGAUCAAGUUUUUGGUUUGUGCGAGAAUACAAUCACUGCUUCUGUUGAGGCAGUUCAAGAAUUGGUUGCUCCUGGACAUUUAAAUGCUUUUGACAUAAUUUCUCUAUCUGCAGGGCUAGACUUGUCUGGCCUAUUUGCUAACAUUAGUGAACAGGAAGAUAUCAAAUUUACAUUCAUGAGCUCUGCCUCAUCUAUCAUGUCUACAGUGGAAGAUAUUGCUCGCAUUUUGAGGAUGGUGAUCAUUAAGAAGGAUGGAGGGCUGCUGAAAUUGGAGAGAUCCAAGGCAGGUAGAAAAGAACCGCUUUCCAUUGAUGUUGAAAUAUUUGAAGUCGCUCCAUCUUUCCAUUUGGUUGAGAUGAAAUCUGGCGGUGAUACAUUAGAAUUCCAGAAGAUAGUGAAGGAAGAUUUAAGACCAGCUCUCAAAGAUAUUGUUUUUGUUUGGCAAGAUGAGCAUUACUUGCAGCAACAGGAUUGUACUCCUUAAAAGAUUCAUUGAUUUUUCAAGUUUUGAAUGAGUUACGGUUAUGACAAAGUUACCAUGGUAAUUGAAAUGUUCAUAUUCAUACUCUAAUAAAUAUGGUUUUGGUUGAGAAUGUCUGCUAAAUUGUGAGAUGUCAUUACAUCAUACCUUAGCUAGAAAUAGUUUUUUUUUUUUUUUUGUUUUCACGCCAACAUGUGAAUUCAAACUUAAUUUGUAAUGGUUUCCAAAGGUUAUGGUUAUUCAGUAUGCCCAUGCCUACAAUGUAUAUUUCAGUCACAGUACUAAUACAAAGGGGAAAAAUAAAUGAAG